GUUUCUGCCCUGUAUCCUUCAUCAACAAUGAAUGUAUUCGCAAUUGGUGCUUCCAAGAACAUUGGCUACUAUGCCUCAGUAAGACUACUCGAGAAGGGAGCAACUGUCACGUUUCUUCUCCGUUCCCCUUCCGUUUUCGACGAAGACACGACAAUCCAGAAAUAUGUCACCACUGGCAAGGCACAUCUCGUGAAGGGUGAUGCUCUUGUAGUUGACGACGUCCGGCGCGCAUGGCAAACUGCACAAGCAGCCGGCGUCGACAGGGGCGUUGAUCUUGUUAUCUUCACCGUCGGAGGGACCCCUAAUUUCAGCCUUGUGCACGGCGCCGUCAUCUCUCCGCCCAACCUUGUCACCCAAGCUACACUGAACCUCCUCUCAACGAUCCCCGCACAUGCCUCAACUCGCGUCAUCGCCGUCUCUUCUAACGGCCUCUCGCGCGCGUCGCAUGCGACCCUCCCAUUAGCGCUUAAGCCACUCUACGGCUACCUCCUCCGCCGCCCGCAUGCCGACAAGCUCGGAGUGGAGCGCGUCGUGGCACACUGCGCCGGGUGGCAAUGGACAGACGAAGACCCGGAUAAAGAGAUCCUGUCAGAAGGGUGGCAAGACAGAGAGGGCCUGUUGAAGGCGGGGGAGCUGGAGCACGUUGUUGUGGUACGGCCAGCGCUAUUGACGGAUGGCCCAUGCAGAGGGGAUAGUGUGCCGGACGCGCCGUAUAGAGUAUCGGAGGGAAACCUCAAGGGGUCGUAUCGGGUGUCGAGGAGCGACGUUGCGCAUUUUAUGGUGAAUGGUUUGCUUCCUCAUUGGGACGAAUGGGAGGGUAAAUGUGUAGGCAUUGCAUACUGAUGUAGAUAGGAAUUCAUGGUUAGCGGAUGUCGUUUCUCGGAAUGGUCUUGCAAGGG